CGCGCUAUCAAGAAGACAGGCUGUGCGCCUAGUGAUAGCAAGUGCAUCUGCACUUCUGAACAUUACCUGGGCUAUCUACAAUACUGCUUUACUAAGAAGUGUAGUCCUUCAGACAAAGAUGUUGCCAUUACAAUUGCCACAAGCGUCUGCGAUAUCGUGCUCGAGAAUGGUGAUCAGGAGGUGGAUCCAGGCUUGAAAGUCCAGAAGCGCAACGCAGCUGCAGACCGUAAGGACAAAGGGCACCACAAUGACAAUCAUCCUCCGGCGCCGCCACCUGCCACCGGCGGUUCACCCAAAAGCCCACAAAAGGCUCCAGCUGGGAACCACCCAUCCCCUCCCCCUCCCCCUCCACCUCCACCUCCGCCUGCUCCACCACACAAGGGUCCUCCUGGUAUACCACCAUCACCACCACCAAUCACAUGGUUCACGCCAACUCCCAUCCAUACGGUGGUUCCAUGG